AUGUCUCCCUAUAAGGUGGUUUUCGAUAAGGCAUGCCACCUUCCAUUGGAGAUUGAGCACCGUGCUUAUUGGAAGGUGAAGAGUUGUAACAUGACAUUUGAUGAAGCGGGUAUGGAAAGGAAGCUUCAGUUGCAAGAACUUAAGGACAUCCGCUUAGAAGCCUAUGAGAACUCCAACAUUUGCAAGGAGAAAGUGAAGAGGUUCCAUGACUCUAGGAUUCUUAGGAAGGAGUUCCAUAUUGGCCAAAAAGUACUCUUGUUUCACUUUCACCUCAAGCUUAUUUCUGUUGAGAUUAAAAAUGAAGUUAUUGGUAAAGUCUUCAAAGUGAAUGGUCACCAACUCAAGCUUUUUCAUGAGAGCCCCCAAGUGGAGGAGGAAGUUAUGGAGGACCUCUCUUUGGUUGUGCCAAUUCUAUGUGAUGAUGUGUCUUGA